UAUGCUCUAUACUAUCUCUCAAAAAUGGGUGUCCUAACAGGAAUCCUUUUUCAUCUUCUCUUGCAUGGCCUUUGUGACUCCCAUCUUUCGAUCGGAAAUCAAAUUAUUGUCCCGGUUCCUCGUAAAUAUGACCCGAGUUUUCUUCAAGGAAAAGCCUUUUUCAUCCAUGCCGGUGAGACGGUACCUGACUUCAAGGCUGCAUUGAGCGUUGACACCUUUGAUGGGAAAUAUUUGUGUGAAUUGGCAGUUUUUCUCGGAGAGCAGAAAGUAUGGAAUUCAGGCCGCUUCUCACAUUUUUAUCCAACAGGGAGUUGUGUGCUGGAGCUAUUGGAAACUGGGGUGUUGCAGUUGAGUGAUACGAGUGGACGGAUCGGAUGGAGGAUUGGUAGCUAUGGACAAGGUGUGAAGAUGUUACAGUUACAAAGGACAGGUAAUCUCAUUUUAAUAGACAUUGAAAACAAUACAAAAUGGCAGAGCUUCGACUUUCCUGCAGACAUCAUACUAUGGCACCAACGCCUCUAUGCUCCUGCUCAACUCACUUCUUUUUCUGCUAAUUCAGCAUCAUAUUAUUCUCUCCAAAUUCGACACGACAAGAUAGCCAUGUACUUGUACUCCAACAGCCGCAACUAUUCAUACUGGGAAUUCAAGCCUAAUAAAAACCGGAGCAUCUCAUUCGCCGAACUGGGUUCGAAGGGAUUAAAGCUUUUCAAUAGUCAAUACCACAAGAUUGCGCAGGUUCCCACCAAUGGACAAGAGCCCAUAAGAUUUUUAGCCCUGAGUAAGACAGGAAACUUGAGAUUUUAUUACUAUUCACCUCAUUCAGGAAAGUUUGAAGCCUCAUUUCAACUACUUAACAGCACAUGUGAUCUUCCCCUCACAUGCGGGCCCUAUGGUAUAUGCAGUUCCUCAAGCACCUGUACGUGUAUGGGAUUUUCAAAAUGGCCAAAAAGAGUUCAAUCUGAGUGUGAUGAGGCAUUUUCUGCUGGGUUCUGUGGCAGCGGUGAUGCUACAAAGAUGGUACAAUUACUGGGUGUGACUAGUGUUUUACGGGGAAUACCCCAAAACGUUAAUGUCAGCAAGGAAGAGUGUGUGAGCUUGUGCACGGAGGAUUGCACAUGCUCAGCAGUUUUAUUUUCCAACAGCAGCAAUCAACAAGAAUGUUUUCUCUAUGAGUUGGUGGGAGGAGUGAAAGAGGUUGAGAAGGAAAUUGGGAUGAGUUAUCUAGUUAAGGUUCCAAAGGAAACAAAUGCCAACUGUGGGAGUUGUUUCAGUAUCAGGAAACUACUCCUGCUUUUAGGUGGAGUGGUUGAUGGUGUAGCUGUUGUUUUGAUUUUUGGGGGAUUGGUGUUCUACUUUCUUAAAAAGAAAAGAGGAAAAGAUAUGACAAGUGAGAACACUUAACUUGUUAUCUUUGAUAAUGAUGCUUGCAGUAAUUCAAGUAAUUUGAAGUUUCACCAUCAGUUGAUUCAAGGAAUCAUGAACCAAGUUACUGCGUUCUAACACUACAAUCGGAAGCUGCAUCUCCAACUGAAAGAUUACAUAACAUCACUGCUGCAGAUGCUCAAGUUUCUAAUGAAACAAACGUCAUUCUUAAUCCCAUUCUAGCUAUUUUGUUCCCACAUUGGAAAAGUUUUCCAAAUAAACACAGGCAGAUAAGGAAUGGAAAAAAUAAGGGUCAAACACU